AUGGAUAUUCCUGAAGAGAAUAUAAGAGCUUAUAAAGUUUCAAGAAGAUCGGCGUGUGGUACUUGGAUAGUGUUACUUGUCAGUCAUCAUCAACGACUUUGUCUGUGCCGAACGCAGGUGCUGGGCAUGGUCGAAGUCUGGCCGGACUCUUUCGAAGUGGUCGAUUGUUUGCCGUUAUUAGUUCUCGGUGUGGUGCCGAUGAUCAAACUGGUCUGCGCGGUGUACACAAUACCGGAGAUAAGGAUACUUCUGAUAAAGAUGCGGGAUUAUUGUCUCUCCCCCAAGUCGAACGAGGAGACUAAUAUACUGCACUCACACGCGUUGUAUGGCAGGAAUUUAGGCUACGCUUACACGGGUGUCUUGCUCAGCCACACCGUCGUUUUCGUGUUAGCGACGUUGUUCACUAAGUUUCUCGACGCGGGAAACGGUGGCAAUAAUUCGUCAAGUAUCGCGCACGACUCGCAAGCGGGAUUGCCUUAUCGCGUUAAUUACAUGGUCGACGUGGAGAUAUAUUAUGUCCCGAUUUUCGUACACAGCGCCACAUGUGUCGUAUUUUACACGAUCUUGAUGAUCAUGUUCGACGUAUUAUAUCUGACAUUCGUCCAACAUUGUUGCGGUUUAUUCGCGGCUUUGAGGUAUCGCUUGGAAUACGCGGUCAAGUUUGAAAACGACGGCGGGGAUUUAGUGCCGACGUCCAGGCGGAAUAACAUCCGUUCCAAUAUCUUGUACAGUAUUCGAAGGCACGCGGAAGCGAUACAAUUCGUUGCUAUCAUGGAGUCAAUGUACAGGAUACCUCUUUUCGUGCACGUGGGAGCUAAUGUAUCGGUUCUGAGUUUUCUAGGAUUUCAGGUGAUAACGAAUAUGGAAGACAUCAAUCGGGUCCUCAAGCACGCGAGUUAUCUGAGCGCGCUGCUUCUCAAUACGUUCUUUGAGAAUUGGCAAGGUCAGAAAAUCAUAGAUUCCAGCGAGAAAGUGUUCGAAUCCGCAUAUAACGCAGAGUGGCACAAAAUGUCAACGGAGCAAAGGAAGUUGCUCAUAAUGAUCAUGAUGAGAAGCAAGAGACCGUCCCGAAUGACUGCAGGUAAUUUCGUCGUCCUGUCGUACGUGAAUUUCAGCGCGGUAAGUAAGAUCUCCACGUCUCUCGUUGAAUCGACAUGA